GUUCCGCUGCUUGAUUUAAAAGAAAACAUUACCGCUUUCGUGCACACGUGCACCCGUCCACCCAACCAUGAGCCCUGAGCCAGCCAGACCACAUUGCAGACACCGAAACGCCUCUCUUCUGGUCCAUCUAUCAGUCGGGCAGAGGCGAAGAUGCUACCAGGGCAUUCCAUUCAAUCAUCAGCCAGGCCACGCCAUACCAGUCCAUGUCACGCCAUGAACGCACUCAUCAAUCCAUCAUGCAAUCCACCUCCACCACUAUCUACCCCUCCGUCUCCCUUCACCCGUGGUGGCCAUCUCCCUCUCACCCCCUGCCAUUAUCAUUCCCCUGCCGCGACGCACCGGCAGCGGCAGCAGCAGCAGCAGCAGCAGCCGGCUGCCCCUGGCCACCACGGACCUGCACGCUCCCCAUGGGUGUCUGGAAUGCCUCACCGGCGUCGAAGUCCCCCAUCAUCGCGUCCAUGUCCCCACCAGCACCGCCGCCACCACCAGCCGCCGCUGCGGCUGCUGCGCCGGACACCUGUUCCGUGCCUGAUGUGCGCUGUAGGUUGGAUGCAUUGGGCAGCACGGGGGGCGCGGACUGGCGGGGAGGCGACAACGGACGGGCCACUGGAACAACAGAGACACAACGAAAGAUGGCUGCGUGUACUGACUGGUUGGGUGUCGUGCGUACUCAUGUGUAUGUCGUGGAAGCGCUUGGGAACGCGGGCACGGGCGGCCGAGAUGGCCUGCACUACCUGAUGAGACAGACAAGACCACCAACAAAGAGAGAGGGGGCUUUACAUAUCCCUUCAUCAUUCUGUGCGCUAUCCCCCUGCUGUCUGUCUCUUUCUUUAUGUAUGUAUCAGACCUCCUGCACGAGAUGCGCUCCCUGAACGUACAGCACCUCAUUGAACGUCGGGUGAACCGCAACCUGCAACACCACACACACACCCAUACAUAGGUCGAGACACACCCACACUCACAGGUCACUCCCUCCCUCCCUCCCUCGCUCCCGCGACCUCGUAUGAAUGCUCCACGAUAUAAUCCAGGCCUAAAUGGGUAAGUAAGCACACGGAUGGGGGGAUGCGUCGCUGCCUGCGCGGGUUUCUUCCCCCUCCAUGUGCUGUUUCCAAAGUUACACUGCUGUUUGAGUGCGUGGUUGUGGUAUGUGUCGGCCUGGAUGAGUAUGGCGAAGAUGCACUCGGGCUUGAACAGCUCACUCAACAAGUCGUCAAUCUCCACUACCAACUUCUGCAUUCACGCGGCAAACAUGCAAACAUCCGUCCAUGAUGUCCCUUUCUCUGUCCGUUAGGGGAGCAUCGGGGCUGCCAGAGCGCUCUAUCUUUCUUUCUUUCUCACAUCGAUUUGGUAUUUCUGUGCGGCAUAGUAGAGUUUCAUUAGGGCGGGAACCUGGUCGCCCCCCAGCUGGGGGUCCAGCAGGUCGCACCUGGCCGACAGACAGACAGACAGACAGACAGGCAGAGGGGAGGGGAGGAGAAUGUGCGUAUGAGGCCAGCCAUUUUCGGGGGCUGUUUGUGUGCAUGUCGCGAGAGGACUUACUUGUCCGAGUAGAAGUACUGCAGCAGCUGCCGCAUUGAGUACUUGUCCACGUCGCGGACCUGAACACGGCUCUCGCGAGCCUCGCUAUACUCACCGUCCAACAUGCGCUCGAACACCUAUACAGACAAACAUGCAUCACACGCAUCCAGACAUGUGUCGUGGGUGGGUGGGUGGCGGCGCUUUGCCCUCUUGCCUUGCUCUGUGCCAUGAGGAUGAGUUUGUUGGCUUUGAACUCGAUGCCGCCACACUCGAUGAUCACGUCGCUGUACUUGUUGUCGUGACCAAUCGCACCCAGCUUCUGCACACACACACACACACACACACACACAAACACAUCAGAGAGGUUGGAAUGCACGGAGCGCCAUCAGCUUCCUCUCUUUGCCUUUCCCCUGCCCUCUGUGUUUGUUCCUACCGUGACUAGGUUGCUGGCGCUGCUCGGGGGUGCGUUGGGGAAGGUCUCGGUGGUCUGCCAGAAGAUCUCCAUCUCGCACAGUAUCGUCAGCCUGUCGCUGUUGGCAUCCAGCACGGGCGACAACUCCUCCAACUCGGCCUCUGCAGACAAUACAUGCAGACGCAUGAAAGCCAAGAACGAUCCUGCCACCCCACCCCACCCCCUCCACCCAUCCGUCCAUCCAUCCAUCCAUCCAUUCACCGCUCCCGUACGUGUGAUGAACUCGUCGAAUCCCCAGUCCCGGUCCUGCGUGAAGGACCGCAUGCCCUCGGGCUCCCGAUUGUGAACUGACAACACAUACACAUGCAACACACAGACCGCCCAUUCCCACGUUUUCUCCCUCCCCCCCUCCCACCAUCGCUGCCCCCUCUUCUCACUCACCCUCCUGUCUGUUCUGGUCCAGCAAUGAGAACUUGUAAUGGCAGACGAGUGGCGUGGUGUUCUCGGUGCCCAGAAACAGGGACACGGCGCCCUUGUUCUCCUCGCCCUUGCCGAAGGGCCACAGCUCCAGGUACCACUGCUGCAAGCAAUCCACAAAGCGUACCAGGCAUCCAGACAUCCAUCCAUUCAACGCAGACGCGCAUCCGUCCUUCCCUCCACCCCUCACACCCCACACACCUUGGUAGCCGACUCCUGCCCAGGGAACUCUACCUUCUUCACCGGACUGAAGUAGUGGCGAACCAUCUCCUUGCCCCUCACUGCAAGGCAGCAGAAAGCAUCGAAAAACCCAACAAUAAACACAUCAAAACAAAUCAUCCAUUCGUUCAUCCAUCCGCCCAAUGCAGCCAUCUCUGCAGCAGUCCAUCCAUCCAUCCAUCUGACCGGUCGAUGCGAUUUGCCUGAUGACGUGGAAGCGCUCCACUGCCCACACAUGUUUGUGCUCGGUGGAGGGCUGGUGCGUGGUGGCGCUGGGUAGACUCCUACGGCGUUUGGUCACACGGUCGGACUCCUGAGGAGGAGGUGCGGUGGCUUGCGAGUCCGAGGAGGCCGCUGCUGCUACGGACGAGGAUGAAUCCCCGCCCCUGGGCUCCUCCGACGAGGAUGAAGCCCCGCCGCGGGGCUCCUCCCUCUCUAUGGCAGAGGCGCAACGCUUCAACAAAUGCAUUUCGCUACAAAAACAUCAACACACUCA